AUGCAUGUCACUCGCAUCGUCGCCCUUUUCAGCUUUCUGGCCUCCGGCGCCUUGAGCAUGCCGGCCCAAGCGGAGAAUGCUGGCGCACCGGCCAUGGAGGUACGCGCGCCCGCCGACUUCGAGGGCCGGUCCAACGCCCACGCUAGCAAGGGCGGGUCGGGAAGUGCCUCUGCCGCCGCCCCCAAGACCUCAUUCCAGAGCCCCGAGCCGUUCAAGGUUUGCGACGUUCACCUGGCCCGGGGAGAAGGGUAUCUCGAGGCGAAAGACUACUACGCCCAGGCCAAAAGCCUUUGUGCCCAGCUGCAAGGUAUAUACCCCGGCAGGAGUCGUCUCACCGCAGCGGUCAGGUGCACUCGCGUCCCAGCUUACGUUCCUACCGUCGGCAAGGUCACGGCAGUUAUUCCGAAAACGGGAAACAAGACGAUUGAGCUACUUUACAGCUGCCUUGGCCAGUGA